UCCUAAAAUGCAGCUAGACUAGCAGCAGCAGCAAUACAGAGAUAACGAUAACACAGGAACGAACUGAACAUUAGCAAAGGAAUUAAAAUACUAAGUUUGCGUAUUUAAAAGCCUAAAUCCAACACCAUGGAAACCAUCAAUGAACUGAUCCCUUUUGCCAAAGAGAUGUUGAGCCAGAAACCCAACAAGAAGAUGGUGAAAAUCUAUGUUCUGGGCAGUGUGCUGGCCUUUUUUGGAGUGGUCAUUGGACUGGUUGAAACAGUGUGCAGUCCCUUUACUGGGCGAGAUGAUGAUGAGGAAAUCAAGAUGUUUAAUCCAGCUCCACUUCCAACACCAGUCACCCAAGAAAAAAAAGAAGUGCUUUUGGAAAAAAACAAGCCACAGAUUGUGGGUGUAAGAAGCAUAGCAAAUAGAGGCCAUGCAUCCUAAUUACCCUCUAUUCACAGACUUAAGACUGGGUUGCAUUGUGUGGUGCAAGGAUGUGAGUAAUUUACUUGUGUAAAUGGAAGUGUCAAGAUUUUGCAACUCCUGGACUGACUAAUGUUUAUUGCUGCUGUGCAGCACUGCACAUACAUUUGGGCUGUGCCCACCUGAUGGGACUGAGAAUGUAAACUUAACCAUCUAAUCCUUUUGUUUUUAUAUUAUAAAUGCCUAUAUUUUGCUUUUUAAAUAAAUAUUUUAUUUUACUAUAUAA